AAAUUAUACGGUUAUUUUUUUAUAUGCAUUAUUAAUCGUUUGUACAUAAUAAUUAAGAAAAUAAUAAAAACGAAUUUACUUCGAAUUUUUAGGUUGAGUGGAUGAAAUUUUUUUUUCGAUUUCUUGAAGGAAGGAAGGAAGAGAAGAGUAAUUAAGUUGAAAUUAAAAAUUUUGGAGAAAAAUAUAAAGUUUAUUUUUUCGAAAAGAAAAAAGUGUGCAGGAAAAUGUGACGAUUUUUUUUUGAAAGAGGCAAUAAAAGUAGAAGCUUCUUAACGUAGGCAUGUGCACCCCUUUUGGUAUGAGAGUAUGAUUGGACGUUAUUUGAAUGAACGUCGGACGACAUUCACGGAUUUUUUUCCCCGCCGCCAACCGUCUCAACACACCGUCAGCGUCACCGCCCCUCUUUUCAGUCACUUCCAUAUAAGCAGCCGCGUGUCAAGGGAGGUUGACACGCCGUACGAAGCCUUCAACUAGACGUAUUUGACCAUGAUGCGUGUGUGUGACAGUUUACAGCUAUGCGUGUUGGCAAGAAACGAGAUGAGCGAUAAUGCACUCUCUCUGUCUCUCUUUUGCUCUUACUACGAAAUACUACGCUCUGUGAUACGAAGUAAUUAAGCACUACACCCCUUCAGGUGUACAGAAGCGCAGAAAUUGCUCCAAAUUGUCUCCUCUGUUGGAUCUCUGAGUUGUAAUUUAAAAAUUAUUUUCAAUUGAUGAAGUAUUUUCUUAAAAACUGAAGAUUUCAAGAUUCUUUUCAUUGAAAAUUAUUCUAUUACGUCACGAUCUUCGAAGUGUAAGAGAAUAAUAAAUACGGAAAUUAAAUGUUCCAAAUUUGGAAGAUUAUAAAAUUGAAGAAAAUUGGAAUUCGGUUUUCAACUCCUUACCGAAUAAAUUAUUUACGAUAUUUGGUAAUUGCCGUGGAUGGAGGGGAACUGGCAAAGAGUGGAAUAAGGACAAUUGUAUCGAUAUAAACUGAUUGAGAGAUAAUUUAGACGAUAUGGGAGAGAGCAAAGCUUGAGUCGAAUGGAUGUUUAGAUCAGAAACAGAAUGACCAUUAAUGACGAUCACGAGAGGAACGGCAUGGCAGUCAGUUGUGGACCUCAGGGCAUCGUUCGCUUUUGACCAUAAUUCACCCGUGAAAUUCAUCGUUUUCGAUUCAACGAUCACCUAUAAUUGCUCUUAUCUACUGAACAAUUUACAUUAUAUACUGGUCAUCGACAGAAUUCAAACCUUCUACCAUUCAAUGCAAGAAGAGAAGGUGAUUCGGAGAAUGAAGGUGAUGGUUGAAAAAUGGACGAGCAAGGACCGAUCGGCCCAUCAAAUAAGAGAUGAUUUUUAGAAGGAAGAGGGCAUGACGCACCGAACUCAUGCAGUGGCGAAAACACGUGCGCAUCAAGUACGGUGGUCGAGUCGGUGUCGGUCAAGGGCAGCGGGAUCGGGAGCAAGUGCAGCUGCAGGUGCGCGUGUUGCAGCUGCAGCGGGACAGGGGCGCGCGACUCAGCUACGUCUGUCAUCAGCCUCAACUCUCAUCAACGGCUCGCCGCAGCAGCAGCGUUUCAGCCAUGCUCUGCUGCGGCCGCAGAAAAGAGGGGCGUGGGGAAGUGACAGACAUAAGUGCAAGUCCUGGGAGGCAGGCAUCUGCCAACCAGUUGCGCCCCAAGGAACCACCUCCUAUGGUCAUCCAAGGGGAUUUCAGAAAGGUGAGUGGGAUCAGUACAGAGAUUUUCAAGCAAAUUCAAACGGUGGAAAAUGACCAUGACGCUUCGACUGCUGCUGCUUUCGAGGCUGUUGAGAGACGAGGUCAGAUGGUUGUACGCACCAUCGAACCACGACAGAUGGGAAGACAGGCACAAGAAGCUGCAAAGAAAUUCGUCUCAGUGCAGGAUCCAAAAUAUCCCAUCCAUUUCGUGGAGAUAAUCAAGAGUCCGGGACAGACGUUGGGACUUUAUAUAAGAGAAGGAAAUGGAGUAGACAGGAACGAUGGCGUUUUUAUAUCUAGGAUAGCACUGGAAUCGGCCGUCUAUAACAGUGGUUGUCUCAAGGUUGGGGAUGAAAUUUUGGCAGUGAAUUUGGUCGACGUGACGCAUAUGAGUCUAGAUGAUGUUGUCAUUGUGAUGUCCAUUCCUACGAGACUCAUUUUAGCCACGAGGCGUGGUCCUCAUCAGCUCAUCUCGCAUAAUCUGCACAGUGAACACAAAACAACACCUGUCGUUGUCAUUAAACGAGACAUUAACGAAGAUGAAAACGAUCAUUCAACCAGCAAUCAUAUACGUGACAGCAGUCGAAGGAGAGGAGACGGACGUGAGAUGUUACCAUCGAGAUCAAGAUUGGGUCUCACUGGACUCGGAUCGACUCAAGAUUUAGGAUCGAGCAAUGGCGAUCUCUAUUACAAUUCUCGACCCGAAGGUCACUGGUCCUAUCAACCACCACCGCCACCUGUUAUCACCCAUCAACCGAAACCAUCAGCCACCCAACAUUUUCAACCAUACGAACGCGGAUAUCCAAAAACAUUGGAAAGUCUCGCUGAAAAAGAUUUCACGAAGGUUCACUCGUUUUACGCGAAUCCUGUGAUGUCAUCGAAUGGUCCACGUCGUAUGUCCACUGGAACUGGAAUGCAGUCAGUAGGUAGAAUUUCAAGCCAAACUCCAGCCUCGCAUUAUGGAUACUCUCAGCAUACUGGGGGCAGUAGAAUUAUGCCAAGAAGUGGUUCUGACCAACAUUUACCCCGAGUUGAUUAUACUAGCAUUACCACACCAGCACGCCAUACGCUUUUGCGGUCUAGUCUCAAGACAGGAUCGUCGGCGAUGCGCUACAACACGAGAUAUGGCCAAAGUGAUACAACUUCAUCGACACGGGGUCAGGGUCAAUUUGGUACUUUGACGAGAAGACAUCGACCGUCGUUGGAUUAUGCGUCUGACACCGAGGCCACAUGUUCCAGUUCACCUCGAUCAGCCUACUAUUACUACAGGCAUAAUCUGAAUAAUCCAUCUCAGAGUAGUGCCGUCUCACAUUUGGCGACAUUAUCGAGGUCGCAGAUUGGCCAGGGCUCCACUGGUUUAAGAACAAACUCUUUGCCUCGUAGCGGCAGAACGUUGCCGCAGCAACCAGGCCUUAGAACUGGUCUUAGCACUGUUACGUCAGGUCUUAUUGACCAGGAAGAUAGUGAUGGGGCAUUGUCCGCUCCCGAGUUUCCAUCAAUUAGACGAGAUAGAGGAAGGAUACCUUCGUCGCCAAGUGUUUUCACGUCAGAUGAAUAUCGAGCAUGGUUGAGUCGAACGCCAAGUACCAGCGCAUUGUACGAACAAAUCCGAGCGACGACAAACAGGCCACCGAGAUACACAUACAGUGCUGAAAAUAUUCACGCGGCAGCUAAUCAGGCUGAAUAUGGAGGAUAUGGCAGCUACAGACCAAUGUCGAGUACUCUAGACAGAUUAUCAACGAGGUCAGCAUCGGCGCAACAAGUGAAUCUCGCAAAUUUAAGGGCUUCAACUGCUAUCAGUUCCACUUCUCAUCGAACCGCGAGCAAUCCAAGGCCGUCUUCUGUUGCUUCCAACGUUCGAUCGUCAUUGAGUCAAAAGCCGUCUUUGAGCAGUACUGUCAGUCAGCGAGCAACAUCAGUGCGAAGGAUCAGAAAUCUCCUGGACCUCGAGUCAACUAGAAGCAUACCGACUCCCACACCAGCCAGAGCUCAGGAUCAAAGACUGCUGGACAUUAAUCCUGCAGAGUUCCUCAAGUAUAAAAUAGAGAAGCCACCGACGGUGGGCACUCCAAGUUCGACAAGCUCCCUCUUGAGCUCCCUUGGAGACACUAGUGGCGAUCUUUCCAGUGGAGUGAAUGGGUUGCUCUGGGUCCACCUGCUGGCAGGUCGUGGUCUUCGAUCGACAACUUCAUCUUCUGCGGCGACAACACCUUCUACUCCAUCAGGUCAGCCAAGUUUAGGCACUUGUGCACUUAGAGAUUUGUACUGCGUUCUCGAGUGCGAUAGAGUUCAUAAAGCAAGAACAGUCGUGCGUACUGGUGAUUUAAUGUUCGAUUGGGACGAAACUUUUGAAUUGGAUUUGGUGGGAAAUCGACAAUUGGAUUUACUCGUCUAUUCAUGGGAUCCGCAGCAUAGGCACAAACUUUGUUACAAAGGAUCCGUACAUCUAGUUAGCCUACUCAAAGAAUCUCCAUUGCAUCAAUUGGCACUGAAAGUCGAGCCACGUGGAACGAUUUAUCUUAGAUUAAGGUACACUGAUGCACACCAAACAUUUAGACGACGAGGGUUGCCCGUUAUAUCAUUAGCUACUAGAGUUGCGCCACUAUUUGGAGUUGAUCUGGACACUGUGGUUACACGAGAGUGCAAGACUGGAGGUGUACCAGGAGGAGUUUCCACUGCCUUGGCAAUGAGCUCAUCUCCCAACAUUCCCAUCAUCGUUUGGCGCUGUGUCGAGGAAGUUGAAAGAAGAGGACUUGAUAUUAUCGGCUUGUACAGACUGUGCGGAUCGGCAUCGAAGAAAAGAAUACUUAGAGAGGCAUUUGAACGAAAUGCCAGAUCGGUUGACUUAUCGCCGGAUAAUGUUCCUGACAUCAAUGUCAUCACAGGUGUUCUCAAAGAUUAUUUAAGAGAAUUGCCGGAGCCCCUAUUCACGAAGUGCCUCUACCAAAUGAUGGUGGACGCGCUCGCAGUCUGCCUGCCCGAUGAUCCACAGGGUAAUGCAAAACUCAUGUUCAGCAUCCUCGACUGUCUCCCAAAAGUGAAUAGGUGUACAUUAAUUUAUUUAUUGGAUCACUUGGCCCUGGUACUGUCGCAAUGUAACAAGAUGUCACCGGCAAGUUUAGCAGUUUGCUUUGGUCCAGUUUUAAUGUUGCACUCGGAAGAAACUGGACCGCAAUUAGACUUCCAGCAGCCCAUUGCUGUGCUUAAAUACCUUCUUGAAAUUUGGCCCGUCAAGUCAGUUCGGAAGAUUUCUUCAGUCGCUUCAACACUUCCUCGAGUUACGCAAGCAGUCGAGCACAACAACACCAGCAAUCCGUCAAUGCCAUCGCAGUUGCACUCGCAGGUUCCAGUUCACUUGCAGCAUCAUCCGGUGCAGGGAACCUUGGGGCGAACCGCGCAGCCUUGGCAGCCGCCACCCUCACUUCAUCAACAGCCCCCCAUUACAACCCACGUAGCCCCCGCAGCCUCCAUUCGUCCUCCACCACCGGUCAAGCCACGACAGGUGAUAGUCUCAUCUCCCGGUUCCCCUAGCAGUGAGGACUCGACCUUCCAGGAAUCAAUUAAAGUUAAUCUCAACAAUGGCCACAAAAAUGGUCACACGAACAGUCUCAAUAGUCACAAUAAUGGACACACCAAUAACAAUAGCAACAAUAAUAAUAACAACAAGGAUCGAGGAAACCUGGGUUUCGCGAGGAACGAGAAUCCGGAACAAAUAACGCCAACCAGCAGUGUUGACACCGAGGAAGGAAAUCCAUCUCAUCCAGAAGAGGGAGAACGCGGCGUUGAAGGUGAUGCUGAGGCAAGUGAUGAAGAUCAUCUCUCCAAGCUUCAUUAAAUGAUGAAAUUUGAUGACGUACUUUUUGUUGUCUAAUUUUUUUCUUUUUUUUACAACGCCAGUGUCCAAUGGGACCAGGACUAUAUAAAUAGGAUUUCAGAACUCGGUGGAACCGAGAGAAUAGUCUAUGGAAAUGAGGCCUAGUUAGAACGAAAAUUGAAAAGACUCGAAUAGAAACUUUACCGUAACAUUUCUUUUAAAAGAAAACUUUUACUGGGACUCUUUUCAUGAUGAAAAACACAGCGCAAGAAUACAGAAUGAAAAAAUUAAGGACAAAAAUAACUCUCGGUAUGAAAAAAAAAAUACUUUUUCUACUCUAUUUUCUUUUUUAAUAUUUACUCUUUUCAAUAACCAAAGAUCUCGCCAUAAAAAGUUCACAACUUCAAGUUGUUCUUUUUUACGCAAAAGAAAAAUUGAACAACCUUUUAUAUUAAUAAUUUUUCUAACUUUCUUACUCGAUAAAAAAAAAAUGACUCUAUACGUAACUGAAAAAACCUUCCACAUAUUAUACAAUUUUCACUUUCUAUAUACGUGAUGUUAAAUCCCAUUUUUCUUAUAAAUCUCAUUUCGUAUUAUUUUUUUUUACAUAUACGUACAAUAUUUCAUGAAUUCAUUAAAGAGAUUACAGGGAAUAACAAUUAUAAUCUCUCAAUUGAAUUAGAACUGAUAAAAUUAUGAAUAAAAUUAUAAACAAUUUUUGCGACAUUCUAUCGUGAUAUAGAAAUAAUUUCUAUAACAAUGAAGAUAAGAAAUAAACAAAAACAAUACAUUACCAAAGACUAAAUUGAAAAAAGAGGAACACAAAAUAACUCGGUUUAUAUGCAAUAUAUAUAUAUUAUUCUACACGUAUUCUGUAUACAUAUUACUAUGUAUAUAGAAUAUUUUACGAUAUACAUGUGCUUUUGAUAAAGACUAUUACAUUGUAGCUUUAGCCAACACGUACACUAAAAAAAAAAAAAUACAGCAACAAAUAAAAAAACAAACGAGAUACAACUAAUUGAUACUGACGAUAAUGAAUAGCUAUAUUAUACAAAAAUAAAAACUAUACAAAAUAUAUAUAAAAAUUAAUUAUAUAUAUAAAACUAAUUAUAUAUAUAAAAACUAAUUAUAUAUAUAUAUAGAAAACUAAUUAUAUAUAUAAAAAAAUAUAUAUAUAUUAUACAUAUAUACAUACAGGCAUACGUACGAUUUGUACAUAUAUAAUUGUACACGACGAAUAAAAGAAGAAUAUGUGAAUCUACUGUAUAUGUCUGACAAUAGAAAAAGUUGAAAAAGAAACCUUAAAACUCACCCAAAAACGAUAAUAAUUAAUUAACAAACACAAAAAAAAAGAAAGAAAAAAAGGAAAAGAGUUUAAAAACUAUAAAAUCCAGUAAUAGCCAGUAUUAUUAUACUAACGUCUAGUUGUCUAAAGAAUAAUAUUAGAACAGACUGCUUUUACGUUAAAUCGUAAAAGAAAAUGAAAUAAAAGAAAUAAAUAAAAAUUGACUGCAAGGGGGUAACGUGCACGAAUGGCUAAAACACGAAAACCGCCCCUUUUAAUCACAAUCUGUAACAUAAUUACCCCAUAAAUAACUAAUUUCGCACAGUUAGUCUUAUUGAACAAGUGGAUCGUUGCAUUAAUAUUAUUAUAUCAAUAGAGAUGAUCGAAAAUUAUUGUAUAGUGUGUGGUAUUGUAAUAAGUACUUAAAAAGAGUUAUACCUUCUUGUCUCCCCCUCGUACGACUAUCUUGAACUCGUUAAAAGAAUAAUAGUCAGUUAUUAUGAACUUAUAGAUUUUUAUCUUAUUCAUACGUUUACUUCCAUUCUUUUAUUUGGUUUAAUUCGUAUCAUUAAAUUUAUUUCCAAUUGUAAUUAAAUAAUUAAUUUAUUACUCAUUUCAAUAUAAUCUUUUACUUAUAUCUUUAGCUCUGAGUUUUUUGGAGUUUUAUUUAUUUAUAGUAAAGGAGACAAUUAUUUAUUGUUUAUAUUUAUUGCUUCUUGAAUUUUUAGAAACUUUUUUAGUUUCUCAAAUUGAAAU